UCAAACAUACCAUUUCUCUCUCUACAAACAAAAAUGAAGAUUCAAUGUGAUGUCUGCAACAAAGACAUGGCCACAUUCUUCUGUCCAGCAGACGACGCCGCCCUUUGCGCCGCCUGCGACCGCCGUGUUCAUCAAGUCAACAAGCUCGCCGGAAAACACCACCGUUUCUCCCUCACAAAUACACUCUCCUCCCAACAAAUUCCCCUUUGCGAUAUCUGUCAGGUUUAUUAAUCUUCAAUCUUGAUCAUCAACUAAUGUAAAAUCUAACCCAUAAUUCAUAAUUCAAUAGGAAAACAGAGCUUUUUUGUUUUGCCAACAAGACAGGGCGAUUCUAUGCAAGGGAUGCGAUUACUCAAUUCAUAAUGCCAACAAUAAGAAUAUGCAGAAUCAUUGUCGAUUUCUUCUCACCGGAACUAUGCUUUCUUUUGAUUCAUCGCCGUUACAAUCCGCCGACGACUCUGUUCGAGUUCAACCCAUGAUAGAAAAUUUCACGGCGCCGGCGCCGGAGAAGAGUAUUGGUGGUACAUCGGAGUAUUUGAUUCAGACGAUUCAGGGUUGGAAUGUUGAUGAUUUAUUUGAUUCAUGUUCUCAUACUUUCGACUUCUCCGAGAGUCAAGAGGAAGAAUCGAUGUCAAUAUGGGAAACAGAACUGAACGACCAUCUAAGUCCAAUCACAUUAUCGGAGAAUUCAUCGAUAUGGGUUCCUCAGAAGCCGACUCUUCCUCUCUAUGACUCUCAAUACGCGUUAAUUUCAACUCCAAAAAUGGCGAUUAUAGAAGAAGAAUUCGCGGUGAAGAACACGAAAUCGACCAAGAGGAAAUGGACGGAUGAUGAUGAUGAAAAUGGGUGGCUGACUGUUCCACAAAUAUGCAAUCAAUCUGCAUAGAAAUAACCAGGGGGUCCAUUUAUUUAUAUCAUAUUGAAUCUAACAAGUAUUGAAUCACAUUUUGACAAAAACAAACAACCCAUGUCCCAUUUUGUAUUCACAAUUUCCCAUUGAAUAUGUCUGGCCUUAUUUGGGGUCUA